UAAAUUUCAAAACGUCCGUCACACAAUACUUUUGGCUUGUCACUUUUAUUUACAAUCGCUUACUUGUUUUAUUGGAAAUCGGAGUGAUAAACAGUGUUUUUGUUCGAUAAAAUACAUUAUAAUCAUGAAUUGUUUCGAAAAUGUGUCUAUGCCGAGCUGCGUGUGGUUCGAGAGCGGCGAGAAACGUAACAUUUUGGCGUCGAUCUUUGCUGGGUUACUGUUCUUUACAGGAUGGUGGUUUAUCAUUGAUUCAUCUGCGGUGAAUGGAGACUUACCAAAAGCUGCACAUGUCUGUGGUGUGAUGGCUACAUUGUCUCUUAUUAUGGUCAACUCCGUCUCCAAUGCCCAGGUCCGUGGCGAGACAUACACAGGGGGCUGCAUGGGCCCGCGGGGAGCCCGGCUGUGGCUGUUCCUAGGCUUCGUAGUAGGCUUUGCAUCCCUCAUCGCUGCUUGUUGGAUCCUCUUUGCCAACUUCGUCACAACUGGCAAGGCGGCUGGAGGUGAAAACCAUAAGACGUGGACCGGUGUCAGUUUGUUUAUGCAGAAUGCGUUCAUAUUUGCUGCAUCCCUUGUGUUCAAGUUCGGUCGUACAGAGGACCUUUGGGGUUAGAUGCUAUAAGUGAGUGUUUGCUAAUGUUUCUUGUACAGGCUAUCUCAUUACCAUCCAGUCGCAGAAAUAACUACUUAUACUAUAUUGCAGCUAAUUGAGAGCUAAGUAGGUAUUCAUUAUUAUGUUUUUGCCAAUAAAAAAGCUCUGGAGCCUAUUCAGACGGUAUCCAAACACAUUUGGGGAAAUUUUAAAAAUACAACACUUAUUUCAUAAAAAAAUAAACUUAGUCGUUAUUUUUUACCUGACAGUCAUGCUUCUCUGACUGUUGCAUCAUUUUUCUGCGUUCCUUUUUAGUCUUGAACUAUAUCUGGCCGUACCGCAUCAUGUCUCCAUCCUCCUCCGCCACCCAGAAAUCGUCACUCGCUAGAGCGAGAUAAAGAAUCGGAGAUCGACCGCACUCUGACCGCCUUGGCGCUUCCGCCGCGUGCGGUCGCAUUAUCUCGCUCUAGCUAAUGACGGCUCCGAGCGAAAGAAAAGGAAAGCACGGUUCCGCUCUGCUAGAUGUGGUUCAAUCCUUAAAAGGUACUUAGCAUUCGUAAGCCCAAUCAAUUCUUUAUUAAUCUUUUACUUCUUGUACCUAUAAUUAUUACUAAAACCGAAUAUAAAGAAUAAUUGACACCGUUUUACACGUAUCCGUAAAAAUCGUUGCUUUAAAAGGAAUUGGGGUCAUGAUUGCGACAGUUUUAUACAGCUGAUUACUUUAAUCUAUGCAAAUAAGCAAUACAUACUCUUUGAUCUUAUUUAUGCGAUUGGAUGCAAGGCCCUUGAUACAUAGGUAUAUAUUGGUAUUAGCUUUUGUAAGGUAAUAGGAAAACGUGUCAUUUCCUUAUAUUAUAUUAGUCUGAAAUCUAGAGAUUAUUUUGAAAUAUUCCGAUUUCCGAAUACGAAAUAAUUUCUAGCUCGUAAGAAUGUCAAUAUUUUCAGUGACGCUAAUUUUGUUUCGGAUUAUUUCUUCCGUAUGGCAACACCGUGUUAUUAUUUUGUAAUACCCCGAAACGUUUAUAUAAUUAACUAAUUGUAUUGAUUUUGUUAGUUAAUAGUAAAUGGAAAUGUAUGAGUCUGAUUAUUUCAUCUAUUGUUACUCGUUUAGAAUAUACCUAAUUAAGUUAAAGCAAUAAUGAUUAUUCUACAUCGUUGAGAAGAUGUAGUAGAUAUCUUAAUAAUCUCGACUCUAAAGUUUAAACGAUUAUAAUAUUAUUAAUCAGUUAUAUUAAAUAUAAGUUAUUUUUAAAACAUUAAAAUGGAUUGUCACAAAACUAUUAUGAUAAUUAAAAAAGAUAAGUGCUUAAACACUUGUGUUUAUCAAGAGUUUGGAAGCGAUAAUAGGUAGAGCUGGCAAUACGAAAGGUACAUUUAAAGCUUUGUUAUGGUCAAAUGUAGAAAAUAAAUGGAAAGUCUAUUUUUCGAAUAUGCCAUUCGAGUAACAGUAGAUUUUAUGGUAUUAAUCCAUUUAGGAACCAUAGUAAUAGACAAUACAAGGUAUUUCUGAAAGCAAAUGCAGAUAUUAUUGUAACUUAAGUUUAAUUUGUCAGCUAUAUAUUUUUAUUGUUAAAGAACAACAAUCAUUUUGUUAAUAAAUAACUUUAUUGUUUAAUAAAUUAUAUCAUUGAAGUACAGUAAAGUUUUAUACGAGUUAUUGUUUCGUUUACCACGAAAAUUUUGGUGUAUUUUACUUGUUUACAGUCAAAAAUAGUUUUGUUAGUUUCGUUGGUAACAGAUUCGGCUUUAAAUUACUCGUGUGCCUGUAAAAUGAAGUAUACAAUUUUACAGAAUAUUUAUUUGUUCACGAAACGCUCAUAUACCUAAAACUACUUAUUGAUAAAGAAUUUGCAUUGUUGUGAAUUUAUUUUGAACAAUAAAAAUGGUAACUUA